CUGACACGUAACCCCAAACACUGUCAGGUACUAUUGGAUGAAGUGGAUAAAUUCUGUGAGUGGACGGAUGGAUUGAGGACAAAACCCAGUAAAUGUCACUGUCUGUGUCUUGGUAGGCGGAAUACAAGAUACACCUCAUACGAUCCGGGACUAUCGUUAGGCGGUCAAUGCAUUUCUACGGUUACGGAAAAUGCACCAUUUAAAUUUCUCGGUCGUAAGACAGAUAAUAUAGGCCGUACUCCAUCUUUAGAAGGAAUAGUAAAUAGCUUUUUGAACGAUCUUAACAAGGUAGAUAGCCAACUGAUAAGUAACGUCAAAAAAGCGUGGAUCUACGGGAAUUACUUAACUUCACGUUUGAAUUGGCCUUUCCUCGUCUAUGAUUUUAAUAAAACCCUUUUGUCAAUGUUAGAUGCAGGCGUCAUAAAGAUGUUGAAGUUGUGGCUCGGGCUCGCUCUAACGGCUGAUUUAUCGGCGUUAUUUAGGAGAAGCAAUAGUUUUGGGAUGAGUCUAAAAAGGCCAUCGGAGCUCUAUAAACACCUAAGAGUUUCCAAGAGAUAUAUCCUGGGGAAAUCCCAUGAUGACAUAGUGACAUCGCUCCCAAAAGAUGAAGAUGCCCCCGAGCUAGAGUCACGACUUCAAUUCCAUAAGCAAUUUAUGAUAGGAGCACAAAGUAACAGAGCGGGGUUAGGAUCAAAUAGAAAAGUCCAAGAUGCGGAUAUACUGAAGUCUUUUAUUCGGCAAGACGAGAAUGAUAAAUAUAAGAUCCAUGCAAUGAAUUUAGAAAUGCAGAACGAGUGGUUAGACAUAGGAGAUUUUUGCAUCCCAUUAACAUUAAAAUGGCGCACUUUAAUUUAUGAUUGGUCGCCAGCAUUGCUAAAAUUCUAUCUCAAUGCGUUCCAGAUGACUCUCCCAGAUCAGAGUAGUUUAGUAAGAUGGGGUAGAAGUACUGUGGAAAGGCAGUUGGAACUGCUAAGCAUCUGCUGGUGGGAUGUAAGUCUUUCGGUAGCCAGAGCGCAAAAGGGAAUAACCACAAACGAACGAUCAGUAGGUUUUGUGAGAGAAGGCACUAGGGCUACAAAAUCAAACGUCAAGCCUUACUCCAUCCUUAAAGCGGCGUCGGAUUGGACUAUAAUGAUGGACACGUAUGAAAAACAAUAUAAAAUCCCCGAGGAUAUUUGUGCGUCGGCCUCCAGACCGGAUAUAUUUUUGUUUUCGCGAAUUUUAAAGCGCGUAGUGAUGAUAGAGCUUACGGUCCCUUGGGAAACCAACAUCCCCAAAGACCAUACCAUCAAGGUCAACAAAUAUUACGAGCUCACAAACGAACUCACUCGAAAUAGGUUCGUAGUAGAUUUGUACGCGGUAGAGGUGGGAGCGAGAGGUAUAACAGCGAAAUCUCUCUAUAACCUACUAAAGGACUUGGGCUUGUCCAGAACUCACAUUAAUGCAUUCUUGGAACGUACAUCGAAGGCAGCCCUAGUAGGUUCUUUUCAAAUUUGGUUAGGUAGGGAGAGGAGCUUGGACAGUGGAGGUGAGCGUAUAACGCGCGUUAGUUAA